AUGGAUAGCAUUAGCCAAAAGUCUCUGGCGGACGACAUGGCCUCGCCCCAAUUCGGCAAGGAGGUGCUUAUUGGCAACUGGGCUGAGCGUCGCUACGCUGUCGAGGAGCAGAGCAACGCCAUCCUGCCAGGACUCCGGGUGAGUGGCUGCGAGCGCCACCGCUCGCUCUGCCAGGAUACGUUCACAAGAUCGGCUUUUGCUCGACCCGAGACGGUCUUUUUCUUCGUAGAGCAGCGCAAGCUGGCUUACCAGAACCUCAUGAGGAACAGGCGGUCGUGCCUGAACCUUGUGGACCAUGAAUUACUAAAGCGAAACUUCACUUCAACCAACACCCUGGAGUUCCAGGAGCUGCCGCGGCUUCGUAUGUUGCAAGCGAAUGCGGAGGAUGAUAAGAGCGGUCCUCCAAAGCACCCAGCCGAGGUAGACAGACUGCAGGCCUUCGGCAAUAUUACGAGGACUCACAACUACCUAAGGCGGUUCAAGUGCGAGAAGCUCCUAGAUGAAAUCGGCAGCAUGCAGACCACCUAUUCCGCUUGCUUCAAUCGCCCGCGGAAGAGCAAGCCCAUCUUCGAGUACGGUCCAGACUACGACGGUGUUGUCAAAUUCGAGUUGGCGUGCUAGUACCCAGUGCGAUUAGAUACCCUUCAAAUUAAUUAAUUAAAAAUUGUAAACGUGUACCGUAAAGAAAGCCAUACAUUUAUAUUACAAGAUUCAA